UGCUGAUCCGUACAAAAAUAUAAUCAACAGCUUCUUUACGAAUGACAUACCGUAGUGGCAACCCUACCUGGAACGUUCAAUGUCUACACUGUAUAUCAUGUAUGCUUUAUGAAAUGUGCUGUUUACUGUAGUUCAUAAUGUUACGCAAUCAUUGAACAAUGGCUGUUAAAUUGCUAUUUUAAAUGUACUGUUAUGUAUUGUAAGUACUGUAUACAUGUCAAUAUGUAUGACAUUUACAAUGUAUAUAGCUGUGUAAUAGUUAUAACGUGUAAACAAUGUGCAAUAGAGCCACAUUAGUACACGUAUAACAAACGCUAAUUUAGCAUUCAAUACAUAUUACUGCCGUGCGCUUUGUGCAAUGAAGCAGUUUGUGGGUGGUGAGGUACAGUAUAUAACAUUCGAUUGUUUUAGAUCUGCAAACCCAUGAAAGUAUGUCUAAUUGAUUAUGUACAGUAUUUACGUAACUAUCACCGUACGUAGCCAACCGUGCUAAUCGGAGGUGUUGGAUGGAGGGGAAUCUGAAUGAUUAUGUAAGUUUGAGUUUGGAGAGGAAGGGCUCUGAUUAUUUUUGGAUUUUAUAUUCCUGUCUGCCAAGUAGGAAACCAUAUUUACUAGACACAUGGCACAAUGUCACUGUGUAUUGAGAGUCCUUAAGGAAUGGUGCACAUAAAACAAACGAUGUAUUUGACUAUCGUAAACAAAACACAAGAAUAUUUAUUUUUUACAAAUACAGCAGAGCAAGCUGGGCCAGACUUGAGUUAGGUACAUGCGCGAGUAAGUUCUGUAUUUUAGAUAAUUUUAGCCUUGCUUAUGAAUAUCUCAUUUGCAUUGUUUAUUGUUUUCCUUUGUGGUUGUCCUAUGGAUAGACUCGCUCCCGACGGGAACGUGGAAUUCCCCACCAUUGUCUCACUUGUUUCACACGUGGUCUAAUUAAUUUGUCAUGGAUGAUGACGAUGGGCGGUGUCUGCUCGACGUGAUCGGGGAUCCACAGGCCCUGAAUGACUUUUUGCACGGCUCUGAACACCCGGAGCUGGACCAUGAUGAUCUGCUAGGGGGUGACGGGGCCGGUCUUUUCGCCGAACUCACGUCGGGCUCCCCUGGGAACCACGUGAACAAUGGGCUGGGGGAGGCUGCGGGAGGUGGGGGAGAGGACCCCUUUGCCAGCACCCUGCGCUUCCUCGAGGAUUCCGACGACGACUUUGACCCCAGCUCCGUGCCACUGGCGCAGCACACGUCCGGCCAGCCGUGCGACAUCCUGCAGCAAUCCCUGCAGGAGGCCAACAUCACCCAGCAGACGCUGCAGGAAGCAACGCUGGCGCCGUCCGCUUCGGUGGAGAGCCAGGGUGAUGGUGUUGUGGCCGGCGGCGGGGACCCAGCAGGGAUGGCACCACACACGCCCGCAGCCGCCGCUGCUGCCGUGCCACCUGUGCAGCCGUUUGUUGCCACGGCGCACCCUCCUGACGGCGCUCAGAUCUUUGCUCCGGGUGCAGCUGUUGACCUGGGCGGGCUCGGACCGCAGGCGACCAUCAGCCUGGUGCAGCAGCAACAACCCCAGCCCGGCGCGUUCACAGGUGGUGUACCUCAGUUCAUCCAUCAGCUGGGCAUAGGCAACGUGGCCCUGCAGGCUGGUGCCUCGCCCGCUGCGCCCAUCCAGGUGCUGGGUCCCUCUGUGGUGGCGCUGGGCCAACCGGCUGUCCCACCUGUACCGCCACCCUGUGCCAGCCCCCAGCAAGCACAGCAACAGGGGGGCCUGGUGCUUCAGAAGGGCCUAUCGGUGCAGAUCCCCACUGUGAAUGGCAGCCCAGCGUUGUUUGGAACCAGCCCCGGCCCAGUGGGCGCCCCCGGUGGCCACCAGGCUGCUGCCACGGCGGCGACUGCGGGGGCUGUGCGCCCAGCAUUCGGCGGGCACGUCGCGGUGGUGCCCACUUCUGUGGCACCCCAGGCUGUGGUUUUGCAAAGGCCGCAGACGCCCAUCCAGCCCAAGCCGGGCCCCGUCACCAUCCAACCAAAGCUGGUGCAGAUCAGUCCCAAGAGACCACCGGUGCCAGGCAGCCCUGCGCUACAGAUGCCCGGCAAGGGUCAGAAGGAUGUGACUGCUCAGCAGCAGCAACAACAGCAACAUCAACAGCAGCAACAACAACAGCAGCAGCAGUUCUUGCAAACAAAGGCUGGACAGAGUACUGUGCUGCAAAAUCACCAGAGUACCACUCAGCAGCAACAACAGCAGCAACAGCAGCAGCAGCAAGCGUCAGCCAUCCGUCCCCCCAUUAGUCUUCAGAUUGUGAACCAGGCAGGAAGUUUUGUCAUCCAACAGCCUGGUGGCACCCAGGGCCAAUUCCUCAUGCCCGUGUCAGCUGCGGGGCAGACACUUGGUGUUAACGGGCAGCUGUUUAACACGCAAGCCAUGAACCAGCUGCUCAGCCAGACCACUGUGAGCCAGCUACUCGGCAACCCCACCGUUUCGCAGUUACUCUCCAACCCAGCAGCGCUGUCGGGGGCACCGAUGGCGGCCGGGCAACUCAUCUCGGCGCACGGCGGUCUUGGCCAGGUGCUUGGUGGGCACAUCUUGACGCAGCAGGGAGCGGCGCAGUUGCUGGCUACCAGCUCGAUACAGCUGCAGCAUGGCCAGGUGGCCUUCCAGAUCCCCGCUCAUCAGCCUGGCAUGGUGGGUGCUGUGUCCCAGUUCGCCACACUGCCUACGUUUUCAGCGCAGCAAACGGUCGUUUCGGGCAUCGGUGGAGGGUGUACGAGCGUGCCUGGGCAGCUGACGUUGCUUGGCGGUGGCAACCUUGCCACUGGAGGCCCCCAAAUAACCGUGCCCACUGUAGCGUCGUCACAAGCGCAAGCAUUGGUUUCGCCACAGCAGCAGCAACUGUCAGUGCCCAUAGCUAAUCAGGCUCCUGUUUCAAUGUCUACAACUGGACCUGUUGGCAGUGACGGGAUGUUGGGAUCGCCUGCAUCGUUAUCUCAGCAACAGCAUCCAGGACUAACACCGGUGGCAUCGGUGGGCUUGAGGCAAGUCUCCAUGUCCCCGGUGGGGAUGUCCCAGAGCUCGGGCCGGAUUACUCCUGUGUCGGAUCGAAUGACUCCAGCGCAGGAGAGGAUGACCCCUCAGGGCGGCUCCUUAGCUGGGCCCGUUCCCCCGGCUCCAAGCCCAGACUCUGUCCAGCAUCGAUACGAACAGACUGUGACCAGCCAGCAGAAGCCGGUGAUUGUGACCUCGCAGGGUUCUUCUCUACCUCAACAGGGGGGGCAACCUCUGGCACCACCGCAACCGGUCUCCGGCCAGACACUCUGCCAGCCCCAGGCAGUGGUGACGCAGGCCAUGAUGGGCCCAGCUUCUGCCGCCCCAAUGAUGGGAGGCCAGCCGCCGUCGCAGGGAGUGUUGUGCCAGCCAGGCCUCCAGUCGGCCACCGAGCAGAGCUUGCACGCUCAAGCUGCCAUUGCCCAGCAACUGCAGUUGCAACAGCAGCAGCAGCACAUGAUGGUACAAUCACACACAAUGGUGGCACAAGUGGCUGGUGGGCAGCCUCAAUUGAUGGUGCAACAGCAGCAGCAAGUGAUGGGACAGCAAUCUCAGGUGAUGGCCCAACAGCAGCAGGUUCUGAGUCAAUCUCAAGUGUUGGGACAGCAACAACAGGUGCAGCAGCAGCAACAAAUCUUGGGACAAUCGCAUGUGAUGGGCCAGCAGCACGUAAUAGCGCAGCAGCAGGUGAUGAGUCAUCCGCCGCAGGCGCAAGCCACGCUGCAGCUAAGGUUGACGCCAGAGCAGCAGCAGAGACUGCAAAACUUGAUACUGCAGCUGAAGAACCUGAGUGGCGUGCCCAACCCGAACCAACAGCAGAAGAUUAUCAUGCAGCACAUUCAGCAGGAACAACAAAAGAUAAUUCUUCAGGGGCGACAACAGGCCCUGCUGCAGCCUACGCCGGGGAUGAUGAACCCAGGCAUGGCUGCCCAGACCAACGCACAGCCCCACCAACAGACUAUCAUCCUCAGCAGCCCAAUGGCACAUCAACAUCAGCAGGCGCCUACCAUCAUGUCGGGUGGUCAAAUGCAGGCGAUCGCACAGGCCCCCACUGCGCCUGGGCUGGCUGUCAGGCCAGAGAUGCAGCAGGGAACACAAAUCGGCAAAACUGUUAUCAUGGCAACCCAGCCUGGCCAGAUGUCCAUGGAUGGAAAAACGAUGCUGCUGGGGACUUUGGGGACGAGCCAGUCGGGAAAGGGCCAGCCCAUGCUGCUCAAGCCUCUGGCUCCACAGCAGACAUCUCAGGAUCAGGAGGUUCACAUGGGAGGAGUGAAGCGGACAGCCCCUGUGCAGCUCACCAAAGAGAGCCUCUUCCUGGAGCAGCUGCGUAAAGACCAGGAGGCUGUGCUGCAACCCGAGUACCGGCGGCCAUUCGGCUCGUACCACGACGCCGUGCGCCGCCUGCUGCCCUACCACCUGUACCGUGGCACCAUGCCCUCUGUGCAUGAGUUCAGCAAAGUGGACGAGGAAUUUGAGACGGUCUCCACUGAACUGCUGCAUCGUACACAGACCAUGCUCAACAAGUACCGGCUGCUGUUGUUCGAGGAAGCACGGAGAGAGAGCCCGUCUGCAGAGAUGGUCAUGAUGGACCGGAUGUUCAUCCAGGAGGAGAAGGCCGAGCUCAUGAGCGACAAGCGGCUGGCCCUGGAUAACCCUGCUGCAUACCUGGCCUCUCUCUCACGCGCGACGAGUUCGACCAUGACGACGACGACGACGACGACGACCCCCUCAACCCCGUCGCAGGCCCCGGCACAGGCCCCGGCGCAGGCCCCGGCACAGGCCCCGGCCCAGGCCCCGUCGCAGGCCCCCAGUGUGGCCAGCGCCGUCACCUCAGCGAGUGCUGUUGCGGAGCGAAGCUCCACUCAAGUGACACCCAUUCGCAUUGUCAUCAAGCAAGAGCGCAUGGUGGGCUCGCCUGAUCGGGCUGUCGCCAGUGCAGCCGAUCGAGCCUCCACAUCCGUGCCAGCGGCCAACCGGACGUACGUAGCCAGCAGCAGCGGCGGCCUCAAGCUGAAGAUAAAACAAGGCGACGGAUACGGGGUGGUGAUCAAAAACACCGCAGUAAAAACAGAGACAACAGCCACGGUGCAACCACCACUGCCUCCGCCGCCGCCACAACAACAGCAGUCGAUGGCAGCCCCAGCCCUGCCCUCUCUUCAACCAACGCCACCCGCAAAGAGGCCGUCCGAACCGAUUCUGCCCAUUGCAAGUAGUGGGCAGGUGAACGGCUCGGCAGACCUCUCCCCACUGUUGUUGCCUGAGGUACGGCUAGGGGCGAGAGGCGCAAGCGGGCACAAGCUGGCUCGCCUGUCGUUGCCGUCCGAGGAGGGGCGCGGCCGCCCUGGCCAGACCGACACGCUGCUGAAGGUGGCGAGCGGGCAGAGGGGAGGUGUCAUUAACUCAACGUUCACUUCCUCCUCCGAGACGGCCAAGGGUAGCAUUGCCAGUCUGCCUGCUGGCGCCUUCAACUCUACUAUGGGCGGCGCCAAGGACGGCCUGGCCAUCGUCAAACCCAUCGGAGCGUUUCACGCUGUGCCAGCGACCGUGGACGCCUCCAAACCAACCCUCGGAAGUGGCAGCGGUGCAAGCAGUAUGCUGACAUUCAAGCCCGGCAAUGGCAUGAACACCGAGCACACGCCGCCCGCGGUGGCCAAGCCCAAGCCGGACACGGUACCUGAACGCUCUUUGGAGCGCACGGUGCUGCAGCUCCCGUGGGAGUUGCCAGCGCGCCUCCGCCUUAAGGUGGCGGACGAGGCCGUGAAGAUGGCGGCCGUGGCGGCCGUUGCACCGAGCCUGGGCGACGAGGACGAUGGUGACGCCAGCUUUUCGAGCGACAGCUCGCAGGACGAUGGACUGACAGAGCACCUGCAGAGCGCAAUCAACAGCAUCCUCGACCUGCAGAGGCCACAGGACCGAGGCGGAGGUGGGCCCACCGGUGUUGGCGGUGGCGUAAGCGGCGGUGGUGGUGUGCCCAGGCCGCCCCCGCACCUACGGCCACUGCCAGCCAUCGUGCCCAAGCCGCCGCACGGGCUGCCCCACAAACCCUUCCCCGUGGACUUCCCACAAUUCUCGCCGGGCCCCGCACCCGGUGGACCCUUGGACUCGGCACUGGAAGAGGCUGUUAACAGCAUCCUGGACAGCUGACGAAUCCCACCAACCGAGGUUGGUGAGAAAUGUUUUGUGCAGCCACCGCCGUCCGCCCGGUGCCGCAGAGCCCCGUGGAGAAAUGGGGCGGAAUGCGCGGCAUACAAGGCAGUAGGGGAUGGCACAUGUGGUCAAAUUUCAACACUCGUGUCCGUCGGUCUCGUUCUCUCUUCGCAAUCACGUUAAAACCAGCCUGCGAGUUUUUCUUCGGGAGGUGGUGGUGGUGGUGAGGGGCUGGGCCCUUGCAAUGGUCAACCGAGAGAUGGGAAGGCGGGGAGAGGUGCAGCAGCGUCGCGAGGUGCAGAAGCGUUGCGAGGUCGUUGAGUUACUUGUCGUGGUGCCCAAUGAUGAUUUGUUGUAACGCGUAAUGCGGUUUGCAAGAUGAAUGGAGUAGAACUUGAGCAGACGAUUUGCCAUGAGCCACUUUUACUCUACUUCUUUUGUGUGCGCAGUGGUGCGUGAGUGUGCACGAGUGCUCAUUUGGAUGUUUAUAAACUAGGGAGUCUAGGCAAUAGGAAAGUGUCUUUUAAAGAAAACAGAUCUGACCUUAAGUCAGCUUAUCCGUACAUUUUCUUACGAAUGUCAAGUAUCAUAAAAGCUGUAAAUUUUAUUUCUUAAUAAAGUUGCAUUUAUGUUUCA